AUGGUCCUCAAACUUGUACGAGCGCAUCAAUGCUUUAGAUCGCAAGUUUUCUUGGGAUCUCAAGCCCCAUUCGUUGUGCCCAGACGUUUUGAUCCAUGUGACGCGACCGACGACGCUAAAAUUUCCGAUGGUCCCCAACUUUUUGUUCGCGGUGAUUCGCUAUUGCCUCACAGCGAUGUUGACGACAUUUCAGGUGGGCUUCUUGUUUCUGAGGGUGCAUUCGUGCCACCUGAAACUCCACAGCCUCUGAAUGAUGUGAUGGACCAGAAAGGUGAAGGUUCUGUGGUAAUUGAAGUGGGUCUUGCUGGGAUUCACCAGUGUAUACCAUCUAUUGCUCAUAUGGGUCUAUUGUCUGAUGCUCCACCAGAUCAAUGGGCGAAAGAAGUUGCUGAAAUUCUAGUGCAAAGUCUUGUUUCUGUCUAUGGAGAUUCAUUCAAGAUUGAAGCACUUGGUUUUUUUGCUCCAUUUGUUUAUGUCUAUGGAGAUUAUUUUCCUGUAGUUGUUGGCUUAGGUGGAGGGUGGGGAGGAGUUUGGGUUUUGGGUUCAUGGGGCCUGGGAUGGAGGGUGGUUGUUGGAUGGGUUUGGGUGGAGAGUGGUUGUGGGAUGGGUUUGAGGGUUGGAGCUUGA